UGUGCGUUUUUUCCUUUGUUUUUUUUAUUUGCAGAGAACGAAAACGGACAGUCCAUUUCACCUCUGCAUGACAUUCCACUGUACGCGAACGAUGAGCGAACCGUGUACAACAUGGUGGUGGAGGUGCCCCGCUGGACAAACGCCAAGAUGGAAAUCAGCUUGGGCGAGGGCCUGAACCCGAUCAAGCAGGACGUGAAGAAGGGCAAGCUGCGGUUCGUCGCCAACUGCUUCCCGCACCACGGCUACAUCUGGAACUACGGUGCGUUCCCGCAGACCUGGGAGAACCCGGACCACCUGGACGCGGACACCGGCUGCAAGGGCGAUAACGAUCCCAUCGAUGUGCUCGAGAUUGGCUCGCGCAUUGCGAAGCGGGGCGAGGUGCUGCAGGUGAAAAUACUCGGCACGAUCGCACUGAUCGACGAGGGCGAAACGGACUGGAAGAUUAUCACGAUCAACGUGAACGACCCGCUGGCCGAUCAGGUGAACGAUAUCGGCGACGUGGAGACGGUGUUCCCCGGGCUGCUGCGCGCCUCGGUCGAGUGGUUCAAGAUCUACAAGAUCCCGGACGGCAAGCCGGAGAAUCAGUUCGCGUUCAACGGCGACGCGAAGGAUGCCGCAUUCGCUACCAAGACGGUCGCUGAGACGCACCGGUUUUGGCAGCAGCUGGUUAACAAGGAGGUUGACAACAAUGGCAUUUCAUGCCUAAACACGACCGUCGACGGUUCGCCGUAUCUGGUGGCUAAUGAUGCAGCAGAUGAGGUGUUUGCCAAGAGUGCGACCGGUGGUAAUCCCGAGCCCGUCAGUGAAGCACUUGACAAAUGGCACUACAUUACGCUGAAGUAAACGAUCGAGAACGUUUGGAGCGUUGAAGACAACUGCACACAUUCGAUUGUAGGUGGAGAUGUUGUUUUAAUACCUUCGUAAAGUGGAAGCUAGCGAGAUUUUUUAAAUUAAAUAUUCUUCAGUACAGCAGUCUAAAGCCCACAGUUAAUGUGGUAGGUGUUUAUUUAUUUAUUGUAAACUGCACACGAUAAAACAUUUGCUCGCAGCGAUUCGAUUCGGAAAAGGUAGAUGCAUUUAAUAAAAGUGAAAUUAACUGAAGGAUCCAUUA